AUGUUUUAAAUUGAAAAUCCAUUAGAAAAAAAUAUCUCAAAGUCUUUUAUUUAGAAAGAUGCCACUGAAUAAGAAUGCGAAGUUUAUGAUAAAUGUGAAAAAAUAAUCAUAAAAAUCAUCUUUACUAAAGAUUACAAAACCAUUUCUUAAAAAAAUGGAAUAAUUUUAAGAGUGUAAAGUUUAUUAAUUAGAGAAAAAGGGAAUAAGUUAUAGAUAUUGAUUAAAAGCCAGAAAUAUUGAU